AUGGCAAUAAAUAUCAAUUGUAAAAAGAAAUGGCAUCCAAGUAGAUAUGAGACACAGAGUAAAGUAAAGGAAGCAGAAGCAAAGAUUCAAAGCGAGAUAGAAAAAGAAAAUAUGAAAAAGGAGGCAGAAAGAAGACGUAAUCUUGAAUCUGAAACAGGAAAACAGACGAUCAAUAGAAUGUCAUGGAUGCUAUGA